CAAGACAUAACAUUAUGGGACACUGGAACGCUUUGAUAAGCACCUUAGUAAAAGUAACCUAAUUGAAUUUCACUAAUCACCUUCAGAUUAGGCUAUGUCCAAGCGCUGCAUUAUAGUAUUUCACAAAAAGUCAGUCCUACUCUGACUGCUCUUCACGGACAGCGAUAGUCAUCCAAGGUUCGCUCAAUCUGUUCUCAAUCGCGUCAUUUCUACAGUGGUCGAUAAUACGCGCAUCUCUUUACCUUGACUCAAGACUGUCAAUGCCGACAGCUACUCAGAUUCAGUGAAAUUGUUUUGUAAAAAUUUGUCUGCAAAAAAAAUGAACACUUUUUCCUUCAAGAUGCACGUUCUCGUCGGCGUCUCGCAGAUUUUGGCAACUCUUAUGUUCCACUUGGCACCUACUCAGACUUCUCACUCCCCAGUGGAACCACACUCUAGAGUGAUGCUGUUCCGGGAGGUUUUGGGGCGGAGUUUGUGUCGUUCGAUGGAGCGAUUGGUGGAGGUGGAGCAGGAGUACCCUGGAGGGGUGGAAUAUAUUUUUAGCCCUGCCUGCGUGCCCCUGUGGCGAUGCGCUGGUUGCUGUGGAGACGAGAACCUGGAGUGUCACCCCACCCUCACACGUAACGUCACCAUGCAGUUGAUGAGGAUAACUCCGACUGAGAGGACAGGGCAGUACGUGGAGCUGACGUUUGUGGAGCAUCAGACCUGUGAGUGCAGACACAGGAAGAUGCAUUUGAAUGAGAGCAGUCCCAGAGUCAGGAUCCAUCCCAGGAGGAGGAAGCACAGAAAAAGAUCCAAAGACUGUGGCAAGUGUCAGCAUCCACACAGUUAGUAGGAUACUUGGAUCCCCGUCCUUCCAGUCCGCUGUCCAAUCACCACUCAGCUGUGGAAUGAAGACAGCAUAGGGGGAAGCCACACACCUACUUGUUUACCCCCCAGAUACACAAAUGCCUCAACUCAUUGUCCAUGAAAAUACACUAACCCCAAACUGCAAUUUAUACCAGAGUAAUAACAACUUUAGUUUUCUGAUACUGGAUACCCAAUAUCAGCCUUGAGAAUACUUUUACGCGGAUGAUUUCCCACUGUAAUAGCAGAUACAGUAGCUCCACCUCGUGGACAGAGGGGUGGCAGGACAGGAGAUAAGCAAUCGCCAAGGGACAAAGGGAUUAAGCCGCACCUUACAGGCAGUGUUCUUGAAAAGCAGUAGGCCAAUAAAUGGAUUUAGCUUCAAUCGAGUAUGGAACAACAACAAAGAAGGCUAAAACAGAUGCAGAAUGGGUGUGGACUGAACUCGGGAGAGAACGGACACCUUCACAGUAUACCUCUCCCCUUGUUGAUCGCAUUGCAGUAGAGAAUGGUCUGAACUGAAGUGCAUGAUCAAAGGGAGGGAUGAACAUACUGUAGGUUAUAUCGAGACCUGUAAUGUUUAUAUCUCUUAACUUUCAUCAGACAGAGAAGAAUAACAAAUCCACAUGGAUUCCGCUGUAUUAUAUAUGAAAAUGAAAUAUAUUCAAAUGUAAAUAAGUUUAUAGCGAUCACUGUAUCAGAAACGGCAUCUGGGAAUUACAUUUUGAGUUGUUCAUGUUAGAAUUACAUCUUUGUCUUGGGAGUGUGCUGUGUUCAUUUACUGAGUGUCAUGAUGUGUCUGACUGACUCUCUUGAAAAGGAGUAAAUAUAAGAUUUUCUUCAGGUGGGUCGUUUCGAUUGUGUGUGUGUGUCCUGAUGCCGCCCCUUGAAAACGAAUAUGUCAUGUAACAGCACACUAUGGUCUCACAUCACGGAUUCCCCAUACAGGCGAAAUGCCAGGUUUCCAAUCGUUACCACAAACACAAAGUCAAAAUUAGCUAUAUCGUGAAAAUUAAUGAAAACAAAAAUUUUCUUUAUGGUCAGGGUUAGUCCUAAGGUUAGGGUUAGGCAUAAGGUUAGCAGUGCGGUUAGGUUUAUGGUUACAUUUCUAACAAAUUGUAGAAAUGGGCGGGGUUUUUCCUUUGUAGCUGUGGUAACUAGUGACGGCCGAAAUGCCGGUACUGUGCAACCUAAGAUGUUUAUAACUAAACAGACCACAGCCUGUCGUUUCAAACGGGAACAAAUUGGACAUAGUGGGAAGAACAAGCAAGGAUGUGGCCAGAGCCGAGCACAAUGAUAUUGGCUCGUUCUAGAACAUAUCUGCAUAUUUCCGUUAGGGGACGCCUCCUUUGUAAAUUCUCCUUUGCACUCCUUUUAAACAACGCAAUUUGUAUCAUAAACUGUUUUUUUUUUUUUUAAAUAAAGGCUAAAUAAAGUCUACUAA